AUGCUUUCAGGCUGGUCUCAACGACAAUCUGCAUCUGCUGCAUCGACACGCGCUCCAGAGGUUUCGCACAGACCAAUCUUCAACUGGGAUACGAUCAAAUAUUUCUAUGCAUUUGGCGAUUCGUAUACCUUCGUUCAAGGCACGGAAGGCCUCGCCAACUUCAGUUUCAUAGGCGACGCGUUCGACUUGUCGUUUACUCCCCAACAACUUUUUUCCAACGAGAUCAUUCCGAAGAACACAAGUUCAGAUGGCGCGAACUGGCCCGAAUUUCUGACAGGGUGUACCUCCGGCCUACCAUCGCGAUGUCCUCGCCAGCUUUGGGACUUCGCUUUUGCUGGCGCUGACAUUGACGUUGAUCUACUCCCCCUUCAUCACAACUUUUCGGUACAGCUUGUGGAUCAGGUCAAACAAUGGGCUCAGUAUGCAUCAGAUGUGAUCCCUCACCCCACCGGAGAGACCAUGACUGCGUGGUUCAUAGGCAUAAAUGAUACAGGAGACGUAGGCAGCCAAAAUAUCACCGACUUCGACGCAUUCUGGGAGGCGGAAAUGACGUCCUAUUUCAAUGCUGUGGAACUCGCCUACACAACGGGCCUACGCGGUGCUCACCUCUUCAUCAACGUGCCUCCCGAAGAGCGUUCCCCCGCGUUCGUCGGGACUUCUUCCGAGGCGACCCAUAAGCAACUCGUAGAUGAAUUCAACGCCGCGCUCAACACCUCCGUGGCCCAGUUUGCGCAGAAUCAUACGGAACUGACGGUGCUGACGUUCGAUGCACACAGUUGGUUCAAUGAAGUGCUAGAUAACGCUGAGCAGUUUGGUUUCACGAAUAUUACAGGAUAUUGCGAGUGCACGUACGAUUCGUUCUUUUGGUACAACACAGGACACCCCACCGAGCGAGUGCACAAACUCAUGGCAGACGCCAUCCGCUCGCAGCUUUUGCAUGCUUCCCACGCAACCGAUUAA